CUUGCACAACCAACCAACCUGUGACGCCUCGUGAAUAUGCAGUGACUAGUGUGACCCGAAAGAACGACUCGGAGUAAGAAUUGUUCUACCUCCUUAUCUAAAAGCAGAGGUCUAGACCGGACACCAAGAACGAUCUGAUGGAACGAUGAAACACCGUCUUUCGUGUGCACAAGUGCCACGGCAAGGUUAAUGAUUACUGAGCGUUAACGAACACUAAGUUAUCUUUGAAUGAAUUGCUGAUAGAUGGAUAUCCUUGCAACAACAGCAGACGGGAGUAUUGGACAUGCGUUUGACAAGGCAGCUCGAGCACUUGGCCUGUCCUGGAGAACCAGAUGCCCUGGUACAGCACUAGAGGAGCUCUGCCGCAUGACAAACGAUGAACUGGAAUCCCUACCCGACAUUCAACCGUUCACCGUGCCGAUGCCGGGAAAAUUUGUCUUUUCCUUUGCAUCCCUGCAAUCUUCAGUAGACCGCUACAUUUCUCUCGCGGACGAACCUCUAUCCAGUUCACAUAAAAUUGCCUUGACUCGUGUAUUCCAGACAGCCGCGGCCCGUCAACUCUGUGCCAAGCUUAUGUUGAGCUUUCAAAAUCUCGAGCUGAAAGGCGAGUGUCAGGGAUGUCGUCGUUCGGCGGGGUCGCCAGUAACAUCUUUUUACGCGAAAGGCUCCGAGCAGCACUGGAUGAGUACAGCUCUGAUGAGUGCAUAUCGCUCCAUUCCUCCUCGCUGUAAUUAUGCACAGACAAUGCAGCGAUGAUUGCAGGCGGACGAUACAUGAUACAUGCAUACUAGUACUGA